AUGGCUACAUCAGUAGAAGAUCAAAAAACUUCCUUCACUUUCCCAUCAUCCCUACAUUCUUCACCCAUUACAUCACCACGCUCACCAUCCUCCCCCUCUCCGUUACCUGCACUGUAUCCUCUACAAAAGACCGAAGAACAGAAAUUCCAGCAACAAUCAGCUUCCUCCAAGCUACGCCAAAUCGCACCCGCUCCUCCAUCACCCGUCAACGUCGCCGGACAAUCAGAAUAUAGCGUAUAUCACAUACCAAAAGGGUUCGAAGUCAUCAUAGUUCCCAAGACUGGCACGCCUGAUGGAAACACCAACUCUGUCGCCGCUCAAUCAAUUCCCAAGAUUCCCAUUUCCCCCGUCUAUCCAUCUUCAAACGAUUCUUCAGAUCACUCCUCUUCUCCUUCCACUCCUUCUACUUCUCCCUCUGUCGCAUCAAACAUUCAAGCAUCAUCCUGGAGAAAACGACAAAAGUCUGGUCACAUUCCACGUCCGAAAAACUGCUUUAUGGCAUAUCGUGAACACAUGCAGCACCAGAUCCUCAAAGAACGUCCUGGUUUAAACAACAAAAUCGUCUCUAUUAUCGCUGCUCAACGAUGGAACAGAGAAUCUCCUGCCACAAAGAGUGAAUGGAAGGAGAUUGCAAGGCAGUUAAAGGAAGAACACCAGAAGCUGUAUCCGAAUUACAAAUUUGCACCAAAAAAGAAAAUUGGAAAGAACGGCGGGAAAGGAGUAGUCAAGGGAGCGAUGGGGAAAAAGACCUCUGGAAGUUGGAAAGAUGUGGAAUCGUUUCACUCUUUUGUCAGCGAUACUUCAUCCUUUACGUCUCCACCGACAUCCUUCACAUCACCCCCCUCGCCCACGUCAUACUCAUCGCCGCCUUCACACGUGUCAUCGUACGACCACUCAUCCUCGCCACUUCGAUUCGAAGCAUACUCUGACGGUACCCAUCAAAUGCCUUUUGAAUUCCAUCGAUUGUACACGCAGAUAACGAUGCCCUCGUUACAAUUGAGCGAAUUUCCAUUCGAAUCGAACGAUCUAGUCACGCCCAUUGAUGUCGAAGUAGGCAACAACGGCGGUGCGUUUUUUGAUAAUUCUGCCGAGUAUGGAUACGACGAUUUUAUGACGGAUGACGAUGAUAGCAUGAGAGGAUUUCCUUAUUUGGCUGAAGGUGGGAACGAAGCGGGUAUGAAUAGAGAGAGAAUGAACCAAGGGAUUUUGGAGCAGCAGUGCAGACAAGAGCGUAUGUGUCAGCAGCAGCAGCAUGCCUUGGUUCCAUUCCAGUGA